UCAGUCUCGUCAGUAGUCAUCGUUACUGAAGGCACCAUGAAGAGCUUCACUCUGAUUCUCGCUUCCCUGCUGCUAGUGGCGCUGACGGUGUCCUGGGCCGAGGCUGUUCCUCUUCCCAAAGGAACGACUGAGGAUGAAAGGGAUGAAGUAGCGUCCUCGGUAAGUGAGGAAGAAGGGGAAGGAGAACAUGUAGAAGAAGGAGACAAAGAUAGUAACAGCGAAGACAACAACGAUGAAGGAGGAGCAGGAGAAGGACAAGCAGCAGAAGAGGAAGGAGACGAUGAAGAAGACGAAGAAGGAGAGGUGGUGGAAGGAGACAAUAACGACGACAACAACGAUGACGAAGGAGAAGGAGAUGGAGAAGAAAAGGAGAAGGAAGAAGAUGGGGCAGGAGAAGAACAUGUCCGCAAGAAGAGGCAGUUUAAGGCUCAAGCAACAGUACAUGAUAGGCCUUGGGGGAGAGACUACAGCGUGAGUAGCGGAUUCCAUAAGACAUUCAACGAAGGCAAGACCUCCGUUGGAUUCGAAGGUUCAGCAACUGGGGCGCUAGUGGCAGGGACAAGGGAGGCCUCUUCAAGGUCAGUCACUCGUUCCCUGGCUAGACCGAUUCGCCUACAACAAAUCUCCAAGGACCGGAUGAUUUUUUUUUUCUCUUUGUAGUCCAAAUAUGUAUUCACAAGGUAACUGGUGAAUAAAAAAAAAAACAGCCAAUCUUCACGUGAAGAAUGCUUGACUGAUUUAAAUUAAGAAACGACCAUGUGGCGCAGAAGGAAAAUGCUAAUAAUAAUUGAUAUGUUAUGAAAAAAGAUUAAACAAAACCCUAACAAUGGCAAGAUUAUAAAAGUGGAAAUAAGAUUUAACAACAAAAGCUACGUACACAUAAAGGUUAGUAUCUUUCUUUAUUUAUGUCACGUAAAGAAAAGUACGUGGAAAAGUGUCAGUUUCGGAUAAAAAAUGUAUAUUUGACAGGGCGUGACCAAGGAAGCUUAAGAUUCUCUGUAGCUUCCUUAAGAGGUUAUGGAGGAGGUCACGGUCACGUGAUCCUUCUCCUCAGGUUUUUCUGACUGAUGCCGCCUCGAUGCCUUGGCUUAUUACCAGUUCUCAAUCAUCCGUCUCAUUGGCACGUGUAUCAGGCUUCAUCCAAUAUAUUCUCAAGCACCA